UGGCCCCACCCCUUUUCCCCCUCCCUCACUCCACCCAGAUUCCCACCCUAUCUCCCCCUCCUCUUCCGACGACGACGACGACGACGACGACGACGCCAUGCCCAGCGUAGGGAUCAAGCUCUACAGCGUCCUCUUCAAGCUCCUCCUCCGCCACCGCCUCCACCACCUCCCCGGCUCCGGCUCCUCCUCCGGCGGCGGCGGAGGAGGAGGCGCCGCCGCCGCCGGAGGAAACCCUUUCGGGGUAUCAUCACGCCCCGACGCCGAUGGCGUCGCCACCAAGGACAUCCACAUCGACCCCCUCACCUCCCUCUCCGUCCGCAUCUUCCUCCCCGAUCCCUCCCUCUUCGCCCCCUCCCCCCACCAGCACCCCCCUCUCCGCCGCAACAGCUUUCCCGCUCCGCCGCCCUCCGCUGCGGCCCCCGAUCUGUCACGCCGCGCCAGCUUCGGCGCCGCCGCGUACCGCGGGUACCUCCCCGCCCUCGAUGGGGGCGGGGGCCGGGGCCGCGCUGCGGCGGCGCGGCGGCUCCCCGUGGUGGUCCAGUUCCACGGGGGCGCGUUCGUCUCCGGGAGCGCCGAUUCGGCCGCGAACGAUCUCUUCUGCCGCCGGAUCGCGCGGCAUUGCGAGGCGAUCGUGAUCGCGGUCGGGUACCGGCUCGCGCCGGAGUGCCGGUACCCCGCGGCUUUCGAGGACGGGCUCAAGGUGCUCAAUUGGCUCGCGAAGCAGGCGAAUCUGGCGGAAUGCAGCAAGUCGAUGGGGAGCAUCAGGCUCGGGGCCGGGGGCGGCGCUGGGGCCGUGACCGCGAAGGCCGGUGUGCAACGCUACAUUGUCGAUGCCUUCGGGGCCUCGUUGGUGGAGCCGUGGCUCGCGGCUCAUGCCGAUGUCUCCAGGUGUGUUCUCCUCGGCGCAAGUUGCGGAGCAAACAUCGCAGAUUAUGUGGCCCGAAAGGCAGUCGAGGCUGGGAAGCUAUUAGACCCCGUCAAAGUGGUCGCGCAGGUUCUAAUGUACCCAUUCUUCAUUGGCAAUGUCCCAACUCAAUCGGAAAUAAAGCUAGCAAACUCCUACUUCUACGACAAGCCGACGUGCCUGCUUGCCUGGAAACUCUUCUUACCUGAGGAAGAGUUCAGCUUAGACCAUCCUGCCGCAAACCCUUUAGUACCUGGAAGGGGCCCGCCAUUGAAGUGUAUGCCCCCGACUUUGACUGUGGUCGCGGAGCACGACUGGAUGAAGGACCGCGCAAUCGCUUACUCCGAGGAGCUCCGGAAGGUGAAUGUUGAUGCGCCGGUCCUUGAAUACAAGGACGCAGUCCAUGAGUUUGCAACACUUGAUAUCCUGCUCAAGACGCCGCAAGCUCAGGCCUGUGCCGAGGAUAUUGCUAUAUGGGUCAAGAAGUAUAUAUCUUCUCGCGGACAUGAGUUCUCGUAUUAGAUAUUGUAGAUUAGACGGUACGGGUUUUUUCAAACCAUUUUAGGUAUUGGGAAAAGAGCUGGAACCUUCCUCCCUGAAGUUAAGUUAUUGCACGACGAAGGCUACGGCUACUGAUCAUUAGUACGUUCAACCACGCAGAGCUACAUUUGACGCAGUAAGAGAGAGCGCAGAGCUGCAUUUGAUGCAGUAAGAGAGAGAGAGCGAGAGGAAGGGAGAUACAGGGAGAGGAUGUAUUGAUCUGCUUUAACUUGUGUUAAUGACAGUCAAGUUCUUUGGCACGUGUUAUGCCAUUAAAUGCACGAACCAUUCUAUAUAAAUAAAUAUCCAUGAUAAUCCAAA